AUGCAACCAAGACCGGACCACCAGUUUGACCCUUUCGGUCCGGGGGCAGAGCUCUAUGAUAAUCAUGGCCUCCCCGAUGAGAUCGACAAGUUCGACUGGAAUGAUCCGGCUGCUUUCUUCAAAGCCAUCGGUGCGGGGCAACCCGGUGCUCUUCCCCUCCCAGAGAUCUUGUCCAAGGAAGAUGUUUGUCGAGAAGCCACCACCUGGUCACAAAGUAUCUUUACCAGCUAUGAGACCCUCCACGCCAUCCUACAACGUCACGAGGCUACAAUCCAGAAACGCUGGUUGAAAAAAACUCGCGCUCAAAGGCUCAAGAUCCUGCUGACUGCCUGGCCCAAUAUGCCAGCCAUCCACCGUCCCGAUUUCGAUGCUUUCCGGAAGGAGUCCGAGUCCCAGCGUGAAAAAAGUACCAAAUAUCGGGAAUGCUUCAUGUGGCCGUACAUCAACCAAGAGGAUCUCCUGAACACUAAAGCGCUACCCCUCUUGCUGAAUGCUCGAGAACGACACCCUCCUUCUAACUUUGCCGCCGCCGACAUCGAUGCCAUGCACUUGUGCCUGGUAACGAAAGCCAUUGUGCCCAUCUUUCUGAAUGAGCACGUCCUGAUGCUCAAUGGCAUGACCGAAAAUACUCACGAACGCCUUCAGCUGGAUGCACAGGGGCGACUGUUGACCUUCCUCGUGCAAUGCUCCCGAGAGAUUCUUCGUGACAUUCCAGAGCCCAGUCUAUCCAGUGACACCUUCCCUAUUCUUCCAGAGCCGCAGUUGAAACCUGAAAGCGAGAUCAGCGGCUUCGAAUCCCUGAGUGUGAUGGCUGCAGAAGCCCCGUAUCGCGUUCCAGCGCAACUCGAUCUUGGUCGCAUUGCGUCGCUACUCACCGCAAGGGCUUCCGCUGCCGAAGAUCACCUGUGGGCAUUACGGGAGGACCCUGGCUAUUUCGCCAACACGUUGCUCGAGGCCAAAGAGCAUCGUCAAGAGAUGCUGAAGGAUCUGAACGGUAGUAACCACCCAGUCCUGACUCGUGGUCGGCAAGGGAUUCUGUGGGGGCGCGUCAUCCGGUCUGUGGUAUCCGAGGCAUACCUCGAGCUAGAAAUGUUCUCUGAACUCAGCAGCCAAGCGAACAAAUUAGUCGCAUUGCAAAGAGUGUACGCUAAUGACAUCCUGCCUUCGGAGGAUCUGCCUGCGGAGUAUCUCGAGGCCUUGCUCCGAUUCCGCCAUUACCUCCAUCAAGUGGCCAAGGGACCAUUGUCCAAACUUAAGUUGGGAGCUGUGGCAGCUCCGCCUAUGCGAAGGCUCUUUGUGCGCGAGCCACCGCUUGACGCUCAUACGACAAGGAUGACAGUCGUCGUACGGCCUGGUUCGAAGAUGAGCAAGGUAGAGAAGCAAUUGAUUUGGCUGCUGUGCACCCUUUGGGAAACCGGCAAUGACUUGUUCCUCGCUGGUAUGCCUCUAAUUGUGGACGAGCUGGAGCGACUGCUUCAAUCAGAUACAGCAGCACAGGAACUACUCUCUUCGUAUGUCACUGAAGUAAUUGGUGACCUCUCUAUCGUCUCCCAGUGUUUCAACCAGUUGAGCCUUUAUCACCCAUGGGCCAGAAGCUGGGAAUCCGAGGCUGUUGGCCGUGAGGAUGAACUGAAGCAGGACUAUGCGAAACAAACUCAAUCAUGGGCCCAGAUUCUGGCCGCACUUAGUGACGCGAUACCAGCAACCAGCAACUCCAGUCGAGCUGGAAAUCUCGGCGAUCCAUCCGACGGCAAAUUCAACUAUCCCAUCGAAAGGCGCCGCAACAAGGACAACGUGGAGGCGCUGCGGAAGGCAGAAAGUAAUCUCGACGCGUUCUGGGCAGCCAUUGACCAGAUCAUGGUCGCUAAAGCGGGUGACCUGCAUGACACGGCGGUGCGGAACCUCCUCUCCCAAUCGCGUAUCCUACAACGUACUGCAGAGUGGGUUGAGCCGGAAAAGUCCCGGCCUGCCGGAUCUACCGGAUCUGCUCAGAAUAAGGUCGGCGAUGUCGAUCUUUACGCUUUGUAUCAACCCAUCUCCACCAUCUACUCCGGCUUCUCGGCUAGGGAAUUGGACAUCGCACAGCCAAAGACCAAAGCCAAAACCCGCGGAAAGCCACGACCUCCCACACAUAUCGAUGAAGCCGAAGCGCUCCUGCGGGUUAAUCCUGCUGAUCAUCAGCCUACCUUUACUGUGGAUGCACGGACACUCAAGGUUUUUCGGACGAUUUUCUUCAACCCCACACUCACUUCCACGCCGGGUGAAGUGCCCUGGAAUGACUUUCUCCAUGCGAUGCCAUCAGUCGGCUUUACAGUCAUCAAGCUUUACGGCUCAGUGUGGCAGUUUCAGCCAACCCGGCCGGAUGUUGAAAGAAGCAUUCAAUUCCACGAACCCCACCCGCGGGGCAAGUUGCCUUUUAGAACCGCCCGGCGCUAUGGCCGUAGGCUUAAUAGAGCCUACGGUUGGUUUUGGGGGAUGUUUGUCCUCGACAAGAAGCCCGAUUCUGGUGUGCAACCGCUCCAGUAGAGAUAUCGAAAGAUCUGUUCGGCUUUUGAACACUCAGGCUGACAUUUGCAAACACACAUGGACCGGAGAUGAGAAAUCUACUGAGGUGAGAACAUGUUACAAAGUAUGAAUGGUG